AUGAAGUACAUUGCUGCUUAUCUUCUUUCAGUUGCUGCUGGUAAUGCUAAGCCAACACAAGAACAGGUCAAGAAGAUCCUCGAGGCCGCCGGUGUUGAAGUUGAUGCUGCUCAACUUGAACAAGUUAUCACAAAGAUGAACGAAAAGUCUGUUGAAGAGCUCGUCGAGACAGGCAAGAAUGAAAUGGGCAAGGUUGGUGGUGCCGCCCCAGCCCAUGCUGGUUCUGCUCCAGCUGCCGCUGCUGCCGAAGCUCCAAAGGAGGAAGCCAAGGAAGAAGAGGUUGUUCAACUUGGUGUUGGUGAUAUGUUCGACUUUUAA